UUCGUCCUUCAUGAAGGUGAUCCUCUGACAUUUGGGUUCAGUUCAGCCGGACACACACACACUCACACACACUCUCACACACACACUCACUCACUCGCACGCGCGCAGGUUGGACAGGUUCAGGAUGGGACUCACGAGCGACCCGAACUUCCAGAAUCUGGAGAAAUGGUUCAAAUCAAACGCCGCGGGUCUCAACAUGAGGCAGAUGUUCGAGGCCGAUCAAAACAGAUUUCAGAAGUUCAGCUUGACUUUAAAAACAGACGAAGGGGACAUCUUGCUGGACUACUCCAAGAACCUCGUAAACGAAGAGGUUAUGAAGAUGCUCGCGGAGCUGGCCAAGUCUCGAGGCGUGGAGGCCUCCAGGGACAAGAUGUUUUCGGGAGAAAAGAUUAAUUUCACGGAGGGCCGUGCCGUUCUCCACGUGGCUCUGAGGAACCGCUCGAACGCUCCCAUAAACGUCGACGGCAAAGACGUGAUGCCGGAGGUCAACCGGGUCCUGGAGAAGAUGAAGGGCUUCUGUCACAAAGUCCGCAGCGGAGAGUGGAAGGGAUACACGGGGAAACCCAUCACGGAUGUGGUUAAUGUCGGCAUCGGUGGAUCCGAUCUGGUUCCACUGCAAGUGACAGAGGCCCUGAGGCCGUACUGCCGUGCGGGACCUCGCGUCUGGUUUGUGUCUAACAUUGGACAGCUGCCGCCAACCCUGGCCUCACUGAACGCCGAGGGUUGUGCUCAUUUGUGUAAAAAAAACUGUUUCCGUCAGACAUUCACGACCCAGGAGACCAUCACAAACGCCGAAUCGGCGAAGGAGUGGUUCCUGCAGCCUUUAAAGUUUGAGUCUCUCCUGGCAUCCUCGGGGUUAUGACUCAUCGCUUCACAAACGCUUUCUGUGUUUCAGCCCAAAGUGAAGGACUUCGGCAUCGACCCGGAGAACAUGUUUGAGUUCUGGGACUGGGUCGGCGGACGGUACUCGCUGUGGUCUGCGAUCGGUCUGUCCAUCGCGCUUCACAUCGGAUACGAGAACUUCGAGAAGCUGCUGGCUGGGGCUCACUGGAUGGACACUCAUUUCCGCACGGCUCCCGUGGACAGGAACGCCCCCAUGCUGCUCGCUCUUCUGGGCGUCUGGUACAUCAACUUCUUCCAGGCGGAGACUCAGUGUCUGCUGCCGUACGAUCAGUACAUGCACCGCUUCGCUGCCUACUUCCAGCAGGGUGACAUGGAGUCGAACGGGAAGUGCAUCACUACCGCCGGUAACCGGGUGAACUAUCACACCGGACCGAUCGUGUGGGGUGAACCGGGGACUAACGGGCAGCACGCUUUCUACCAGCUCAUCCACCAAGGAACUCGUAUGGUUCCUGCUGACUUCCUCAUUCCUGCCCAGUCUCAACAUCCAAUCAGAAACAACCUCCACCACAAGAUCCUGCUGGCCAACUUCCUGGCGCAGACGGAGGCGCUGAUGAAGGGAAAGACCACGGAGGAAGCCAAGAAAGAGCUGGAGGCCGGAGGACUGAGCGGAGACGCGCUGCAGAAGAUCCUGCCGCACAAAGUUUUCCAAGGAAACAAGCCGACUAACUCCAUCAUCUUCAAGACGCUGUCUCCGUACACUCUGGGCGUCCUGAUUGCCAUGUACGAACACAAGAUCUUCAUUCAGGGCGUUCUGUGGGAAAUUAACAGUUUUGAUCAGUGGGGAGUGGAGCUCGGGAAACAGCUGGCAAAGAAGAUCGAACCGGAGCUUCAGGACUCAGCGGAGGUCACUUCUCACGAUUCAUCCACCAACGGCCUCAUCAACUUCCUCAAGAAGAACUUCGCUUGAAUGAACCGUGAAGAGGAGCCAAAACCUAAGCAUUUCAAAACUGUAAUGCAGCGUCAUUUUAACUGACAAUUAAAACAUGCAUUUAUUUGUUAAUCUAGGAUUAUGCAAAAUGAUAAACGCUAAAUCAGAGAUUUUGCUACCUUCUUUUACACCAAACUACUUGAAAAACACACUUAAAAAUCUCUGAAGCACCUUGUGUUUUUCAGUUUACUAAAAGAAUGUUUCUCUGUAUUUAUCACGUGUCUUUUCCCCCAAAAAUAAAUCACUUUGCACUA